GAAGAAAAGUCAUCUGUCAAUAUACAGUAUAUUACAGAAACGCAAAAAGAUUAUAAAAAAAAAACAUUUUUAUCGAUUGUUCUAAACAAAAGAAAAUACGAUGAUUUCGGUCUGGAUCCUGAAUACAAAGCCAAUCUAGCAGAUCAUCCAAACAAGGUUGUACCACCGCUUUUAUCAGGCGUGAUCGAUGAAGAACACUAA